AGUGCAUUUUUAUAUAGGUGAUUUGAUUAUAUAUUGGAGACGAUUAAUUCACAAACUCGUUCCUGAAAAGUAAAAGUAUGUGGCUACUUAUCACCAUAAGUUAAUAAACCGAUGCUGUUCACCAUCAGGCCGUACUAAAUAGUGCGUGUGGUGUCUCUCAGCCUGGAAGGUGUUCCGGUGCUCCACAGCAAGGAGCAGGGUGUGCAGACCUUCUUUGCUUUUUGCUUUAAAGACUUCAGGAAGAGCCCCAGCCGGUGUGGCAAAAAUGGAUAAUGAUAAUGCAUUGGCGCCACUUCGUGAAUGUGAGGGAAGUCAUCGCAGCAAGAUGGCGGGAACUACCGGUGCGCUGCUGUACGCGGUGAGUGCCGCCGUCCUCGGUAUGCUGCAGUUCGGCUUCAACACCGGUGUCAUCAACUCCCCGAGAACCUUCAUUGAAAACUUCAUCAGAGAACAGUAUGAAGCCUCGCCAAGUCUUAUCUUCAGCAUCAUUGUCAGUAUAUUCGCUGUUGGCGGCAUGAUCGGUUGUCCGCUCGCCAGCUGGCUAUCUGAAAAACAAGGCCGCAAAGGAGCCCUCUUUAUCAACGCGUUCAUAGGCGUUGUUGGCGCGGUACUGAUGGGCUUCAGCAAAGUAUCUUCCUCCGUCGAAAUGCUUAUCAUAGGCAGGUUCAUCAUCGGGGUCAAUUGUGGAUUCGCGACAACUGUUUCGCCAACAUAUGUCUCGGAAGUAGCACCCCUGAGGCUUCGAGGUGCUUUUGGUACUGUAAAUCAGUUGGCUGUUGCGUUUGGCAUGGUCGGUGCGCAGAUUUUGGGUAUCGACGUCAUACUUGGUAGCGAUGAAGGUUGGCCGUGGUUGCUCGGGUUGGCGAUCAUACCAUCAGCGCUGCAAUGCUUCAUGUUGCCAUUCGCACCUGAAUCUCCCAGAUAUUUACUGCUUUCUGUACAUGAUGAAGAAAAAGCCAGGAUAGCAUUGACAAAGAUAAGAGGUACCGAACAAAUCAAUGACGAAAUAAACGAUAUGCAUGUAGAAGAUCAGGCGGCGAGACAAGAAGCACAGUUCUCUAUUCCGGAUUUGUUCAGUAUCAAGGCUCUACGCACUCCUUUAAUCAUCGGUAUUGUGAUGCAUCUUUCGCAGCAGCUGGGAGGUAUCAAUGCCGUUUUGUAUUAUUCAACGACUAUUUUCAUAAGAGCAGGUCUUAAUGAUGAAGACGCUCGUUUGGCAUCUAUAGGCGUAGGUAGUAUUCUAUUUGUAAUGGCAUUGGUGUCGAUUCCUCUGAUCGAUCGCUUGGGUAGACGGACCCUGCAGCUGUGUGGUCUUGGUGGUAUGACGGUGUUCUCGGUUCUGAUGACUGCUGCUUUCUUUUCCUACGAGAAUAAUACAACGAUGAGUAUUUUCGCUGUUAUAUUCACAUUCUUGUAUGUGGCGUUCUUCGGUGUGGGUCCGAGCUCGAUACCUUGGAUGAUUCUGUCGGAGUUGUUCGGGCAGGGCGCCCGGAGCGCGGCGGUCAGCGUAGGCGCGCUAGUCAACUGGUUCGCCAACUUUAUCGUAGGGUUGACAUUCAUACCUAUGUCCGAACAGUUAGGCAAUUACGUGUUCUUGCCUUACACUGUCCUACUGAUCUUGUUCUUUGCGUUCACGUACUUCAAACUACCAGAAACAAAGAACAGGACGAUUGAGGAAGUGACAGCUCUCUUUAGAAAAUAACCUCGUCUCGACCCUAUAGACUUAAGCCACAUUCCUUAGAUUUAAGCGCAUAGGUAAUAAGUCUACACAAUGAAUUGUGAUAAAUACUUUUUAUUCAUCAGGAUUAUUUAAAUUUAGCACUUAGCAUACUGGCCAGAAGGGUUAAAAUCUUGUAAACUUUAAAUAAUGUUCAUAAUAAAUACUCUGGCUGUGUAGGAUUCGCAUAAAAUUAGAAGACUGAACACCUCACUUAUAAUGUUAUACAUAACUACUUGAUAUUUCUAAUUGAAGUACUUACUAUAUAUAACAUUUUAAAAUAUUCAAAUCGAAUUAUAUAUAAUAAUUAAACUUUUUAAGCAUGUUAGAAUUUAUUGACAUUUACACAAUAUUAUGUUUUAAGUAGUUAAUUACUUAUGCGUAAACAUUUAAUCCUAACUAAUAUUAUAAAUGCAAAAUUAAGUUUAUUUGUUUGUUAGGUACCUCUUCACGUUUUAUCUUAAAAACCAAUCUUCUUGAAAUUUCGCAAACAUAUAGUUUGAAGUAUGGAGAAGGUCAUAGGGUACCAAUCCCGUAAAAAAUAUUGAUUCCGUGGGAAAUUCACGCCUUCGAAGCCGCAGGCAAAAGCUAGUUGUAGAUAUUUGGGGCCCCAAAUAGAAUUUGCGAUAUCCAUGGCAUUCUGGGCUAGAUAUCUUCCUCAAACAAUAUUUCUAUACAUUUUGAAACAUUCUGCAGUAAUAAGUUGAAAUUUCAUAGGUUGAUGGUGUUUAUAAUUGUUCAGUUUAGUUAUUUUUCCAUUUAUUAUUACGUUCAAUUUAUUAACUUGAUUAUGAACAGACACACGAGAGAUAUCAAAUCAGGCCUUUUUGUGUAGGUAGGUAAAUUAAUAACACGGCAAAAGAAAUACCUAAGGCAACUAACUAAGUGCUGUAACUAUAGGUAACUGUGUAAAAUUAUGGUUUCUUAUCGCGUCUUAUAAAAUAUGGUCUAUCUUUGUAAAUUGUCUGUGCACUACCUUCUUAGGAUUCUUAAUACGGUGACCUUAAUAUUAUUAAAUUCACUGAAACUCACCGUCAUGGCUCCUAAAGCUGAGUGGUGCCCUUUUGUAGCAUGUUAAAUUAAAUUACGUUAUUUUCUGUAAAUGUAUAUUUUUGUACUACGAAUACAUUUAUUUGUAUUUAU